AUGGAACUUUUUGUCAUAAAUGUGAAGGAUCUCAUCGAAAAAUUAUUAAAUAAUGAAAACCGUGCAAACGUGGACGAGGUGAUCGAGAAGCUGUUCAGUGAGACAACUUUAACUUUGGAGAGGACAAGAACACAGAAUCCCCAGGUGGAAGAAUAUGCCAUUCAGUUGUGGAACUGGGCAGUAACCAAACGCAUAGGUUCAACUAUCAAUGAGCAACAGAAAGCUAAAGUGCGUCAUGCUGCAUGCAAACUCCUGUCUGCGUGUGCGUCUGAGUCAGAGACUUUAGUUCGCAAGCAGAUUUUGAUGGCCAGUAAGACUGGUAGGACAUGGCUUGACUGUAAAAAGCCACAUCUGGCUGAUGACUUCUUUAAUCUUGCUGUCAAGAGCCUAGAGACACUUUACAGCAAACUAACGUCCCACGGAGAUAAUUCUGCUGAUAUCGACGCACCAAAAGCGGAUGUUGAGAAAGACCUCCUACGGGUUCUGUCUUAUCAAGCUGAAUCAGCUGUUGUUCAAGGACAGCACGAAGAGGCAGUUGCUUUUAUGCAGAGAUGUAAGGAAAUGCUCCUGCGACUCCCUAAAGAGACUGGAUACCUUUCCCUCCUGUGCUAUAACUUUGGAGUGGACACAUACAAUCUGAAGAAAUAUGAGGAGAGCUCAUUUUGGCUCAGCCAGAGUUUUGACAUUGGGAAGAUGAAUGCAAAGUACUCCCCGGGUCCUGAGAUUCAAGCGAAAGUCUUGAGGCUUCUUGCCACGGUGUAUCUGGAAUGGGACUGUCAAAGGUUUCAGGACAAGGCUCUUAAUGCUGUUAGUCUGGCUAACAAGGAAAAUGUACACCCGUCAGGACUGUACCUCAAGAUCCGUAUUUUGCUGCAGAGUGGAGGCAGUGAUGAAGAGGUGAAAUCCGGACUCACAGAGUUGCUUGAAUCUGAGGGUCCUCUUGAAGUUUGCCUGGGUACAGUAAAACUGCUAAUGGCUGAAGAAAGAGAGGUCCUGGCCUUCGAUUUCAUAAAGAGAGUUUGCCAACACUUUGAGUCUUCUCCUGACCUGGGCUCUGCUUUGGUCCUGCAUAUUGAACUCCUGCUUCAGAGAGGGAAAGAACUGCUCGGCAAGCAGAAAAUUGAGGAUGUCAUCACAGGCCACUACACAGGGAAGCAGCUAUCUCCUCAGAAUCUUACCUCCCUUCAUCUGCUCCUCUGGGACAAAGCCUCCAAAAGCUUUGAGGCCAAGAGUUACUCUGAUGCUCUGCAGUGGUAUAACUACUCAAUGAAUUUUUACAAAGCGGGUCAGGUGGAUCAGAACCUUGCCAAAUUGCAGAGAAACCGAGCCUCCUGUUUCCUACACCUUCAGCAAUUGGAUAAGGCUAAGGAGGCUGUAACAGAGGCGGUUCACUGUGAUCCAAACAGUAUCUUCACACAGUUUAGUUUGUACAAGAUUGCUAUUCUCGAGAACAACGUAAACAAAGCCACUGAAGCCGUGAGAGAGAUUGGCCGUCUGGCCCAGGCCCCCGUGACGAACGAGGACCGAGUUCUUAUGACGGAGCACGCGGCCGCUAACCUCCUCAGCCUGGCCGCGCAGAUUGCUCUGGAGAACGAGCAGCAGGACACGGCCAUGAAGGCACUGGAGAGUUUGUGUGAACACUCACGGGACGUGACACAACUUCUCACUGCCCUCAGAUGUUUAGUUCGUCUUGUGCUUUCAAAAAUGGAAGAAGAAAUCGAUGAGAGCAGAAAUGCAAGUCUUGACAUCCUCUUGUCAUAUCUAAAUAUGGGACUGCAGAAACUGUCUCAAAUGAACCAAGGGCUAAACCUGGGAGGAGACCAGCUCUCAGAGGAGGCCAACUGGUUUAGGAAAAUAGCAUGGAAUUCUGCUUUGCGGUGUGAGAAUAGUCCCGCCAGGAUGAGGGAUUUCUUUGUCCUUUCCUACCGGCUGUCCCUGAUGUGUCCUACAAACAAAGGGCUUCUGAUGGGGCAGAAAACAUGCCUGCUUAUGGCUGCUGCUGCAUCUCUGGAACUCUGCAGGACCUCCUCUCAUUCGGAGCAGCAAACAGAGCUGCUGACUCAAGCUUUAGAGUACAUACAGACCUGUAGGGAGGUGUGGAGAACUGUUAAAGCAUCAGGGGAUUUUUCGCAUGAUCCCACGGACACUUUACUGCUCCUGUAUGAGUUUGAGGCCCGUGCUAAGCUUAACGACCCCACGCUCGAAUCUGUGCUUGAGUCUGUUUUAGAGCUAGAGAACAUUGAGGCUAAAGUGCUGGAGACCGUCGCAGCUCUUGCCAUGGAACCGCCAGCCCAUUUCCCAGUGCUGUGUAAAAAAGCCCUAAAAACGGCUCUGUCAUUGUACCGCCGAGGUCCACGGAUGGACCCGACCCAGUACAGUAAGUGUUUGCACAGUCUGAUCCAGCUGUCCCUGCCCAGCGGGGUGUGUGAAGUUGAGCCCCGUGUGCUGGAGGAAGUGUGGGGUUACUACGAGGAGGCCCUGUCCAUCAUCGGCUCCGCACCUGAAGACUUCCCAGAGCUGGAGGUGCUUUGGCUGCUGACACGAGCGUGGAACACCGGAAUCCUCCUCUACAGUCUGGCUCAGUACCCAGACGCUGAGAGAUGGUGUGGCCUAGGAAUGAGCUUCCUCCGCCACCUGGGCUCCCUGCAGGAGAGCUAUCAGACUCAGAUGUCUGGGCUGUACGGUGAGGUCCUGGACAGACUCGAUAAAGCCAAGAAGAAUCUCGUAAUGGAAGAAUGACGGGCGGGUGUCUCUGCGCCUAAUUACAGAGCUCACCCAUAUGCUGUCAGCCUCUCGUUAAGGAAAGACGCACACAACAAGACUGAAAUGCGCUUACUUUUAAGUGCAUGUCGGGAUGUUUCACAGUUCUGAUUGUGACCGUAGGGGCACAAUAAUCGUACAAUGAAUUUUUAAACUCUUUCGUAACAGCAGUUCAGCAUAUCUGAAAUUAUUAUUUCAUUAUUGUAAUUUAUUUAACAGCGUUGA